UAUUGUUUGCACAUUUACGCUGUUCUUGGUUGUAUUCUCGAUUGUGCAUGUGGUUCCCUCCCAUUCCCUCCAUUACGGUUUAUCGGAGGCCGCGGCUCUCCGUUCUGGAAUCAUGAUAGUUCUGUGAAAAUCAGUGAAUAUGUUUGUUGUUUUCUGACUGAGACACGCGCUUAAAUUUGAAAGAUCUCUUACGAAAUUAUUGAAUAGAAAUCUGUAGAAGGAAUUAGUUCGUGCACAAUGCUGGCAACUAAUUGUUUGAUUCUGAUUCAACUCACACUUCUGGCAUCCACAUCUAAAAAGCAAGACAGUGUUAUUUGCAGAAGGAAUAUUAAAAAAAUCAAGCUAACAGAAAAGAGGAAAGCAGAUAUAAAAGCUGAUUUGUUUGAUUGAGAUGGCACUGGAAAAGUUGUCACUAAAGUUGCUAUUAGAGUUCUAGUCAUUGAACUAACAAGUGAGAAAUUGGAGACUCACACAGCAAAUAUUAAUCUACUGAUAAGUUUAUUUAUAAAAAUUUCUUGCAUGGAAUGACUGUGAAAAUGUCAGAGAAAAAGAUAUAAAAAAGAAUGUAUUAAGAAUUCAGAAAGUGCAGUUGAAAGGUUAUGAAUUCUAUCAUAUGAUAUUCUGAUAAAGAAUUGACGUUCUGCAAAAAUGUGUGAAGUUGUUGUCUUGUUCGAGGGCUAUUCCAAAGAGUUGGACGAUGGAAAAAUGGAUGCAAAUUGCUCUUGCAUUCUAAUAAAAGGCUCCAAACUGAUUAUUGUCGAUACUAUGACUGCCUGGGAUCGUGAGAAAAUAAUAGAAGAGCUUGCACAGCACAAUAUUCAAGCGACGGACAUCAAUUAUGUUGUUUGCACUCAUAGCCAUGCAGAUCACAUAGGGAACAACAAUUUAUUUACAAAUGCUGAACAUAUCGUGGGUUUGUCUGUUCAACGCGGUACCAUAUUCUAUGAGGAUCCACGAAUUUCAAAUGAAGGCUACGAGCUCUGUCCGGGCGUUAAAGUUAUAGCCACACCUGGGCAUACAGCGGAGGAUGUCACUGUCCUCGUGGAAUCGAUAAGAGAUGGCGAGACGACGGUUUUUGCUAUUACAGGAGAUUUGUUUGAGAAAGAGGAAGAUAUUCUAACGCCGUCCAUCUGGAAGUCGCUGGGCGCACCGAAAUUGCUACAAACCCAGUCUGUUAUGCGUUCCCGUAUAAUAAACCUCGCAGACUUUAUAAUACCUGGGCAUGGGCCGAUGUUCCGUGUUACGGACGCUAUGAGGGAAACUGUAAAGAGUCAGAUAGUUAAAUGACAGUAAAAAUGGUAUGUCUAAUGCUAAUUUUAUAUUAUUUUAUCAAGGAAACAAAGAAAAUAUAAUGAGAAUAGAUUCUCUAUAAGCAAACAUAUAAUUAAUUAAAAUAAACUCUACGUGUUUUUACAAAUACUUUAUUAAACAUUGCAAAGUGUGGUACAUGGUAUCACAACAUUAUUAUACUCAUUGUAUAUAUAUGUGUAUAUUGCAAUUAUUACACAUUACAUCGGAUUCACAAAUAUAUAUAUAUAUUUAUAUGAAGGAGCGAUACGUUCACUCUUGCAUUGCGCUCGCUACAAAAUGAUCACGCACAAAAAAAUCAAUGUAAAUUACUUGAAAACGAUUCUUCACGAUGUACACAUGUUUAUUUCAAUCAACUCGCGAAUUGUUACAUGUCUGGCAAAUACACCGCUAUUUAAACACCCUUCCGCACUUAAGAUCCGCACUCCUAAUAUCUACACCCUACGAUCGCAAACAAUUUUAUCAAAUCUUCACAGCCAACGACUAAAUUAAGAACCUUCUUGCAUCUUCGUUCGGCAUUCGCAUUCUUAUCUACGGAUUAUCUUAUAAUUGGUAUAAGUUUCUGGAGGAGGAGCACAUUUAUUUCAUCAUAAACGUAAUUCAUAACGACGCCGGGAAGCCGAUAAGCAUAUCCUUUCCGAAGGUACAAAUUAAAGUGAAAUAUCUUUUUAAAUCUGUCUUGUAUAUUGACGUAUAUAAGAACUUUAAGAAUGCAUGAUAUAUUAAGGCUCCCGGCUGCCCUUCAUUGCAACCAUAUCAGAUUAUAUUGGAAGCGAAAAAUCUUGUGAAUCUUAUACUUUGGAAUUGGAAUGAUUAUUUUCGCUUUGAUGAAGCUUUGAUUAAGAAUAAAAUAUCGUCAUUGAAAGAGAAAAAAUUUUUUAAUCUUUCUCUUUUGAUAAUAAUAUUUCAUUCGUGUUAGCAACUUUGCUAACAAGUUUUACACUUAAUUUAAAGCUUAUCAAAGCUGGAAAUAGUCACUUUUGAUUCCUUUUUUCAGCGCACUAGUGUGAGAGAGAAAUAUUUUAUACUGGAAAUCGAUUUGUUUGCUCGCAACAUCAUAUUUCAAUGCGACUGUAAUGAAGGGCCAGCGGAGUUCUCCAAGUGUUACAAUGUAAAUUGUAAGAUCGAGUGCCCUGCACUCUGUAAGUAGUUAGCUAGGAUAUACU